CGAGUCCUCACCUGAAGGGACAGGUGUGCUCACCUCGCAUCUCCGAGGCCGGUCCGCGAGUAUCAGCAGUGAGAGAGAGUCAUGGAGCUGCGCGUGGGAAACAAGUACCGCCUGGGACGGAAGAUCGGGAGUGGGUCUUUCGGAGACAUCUACCUGGGUGCCAACAUUGCCUCUGGUGAAGAAGUUGCCAUCAAACUCGAGUGUGUGAAAACGAAGCACCCGCAGCUGCACAUCGAGAGCAAGUUCUACAAGAUGAUGCAGGGAGGAGUGGGAAUCCCAUCCAUCAAGUGGUGCGGAGCCGAGGGGGACUACAAUGUGAUGGUCAUGGAGCUGCUGGGGCCCAGCCUCGAGGACCUCUUCAACUUCUGCUCCCGCAAGUUCAGCCUCAAGACGGUGCUGCUCCUGGCCGACCAGAUGAUCAGCCGUAUCGAGUACAUCCACUCCAAGAACUUCAUACACCGGGACGUCAAACCUGACAACUUCCUCAUGGGGCUGGGGAAGAAGGGCAACCUGGUGUACAUCAUCGACUUCGGCCUGGCCAAGAAAUACCGGGAUGCCCGCACGCACCAGCACAUCCCCUACCGGGAAAACAAGAACUUGACUGGCACUGCCCGUUACGCCUCCAUCAACACCCACCUGGGCAUCGAGCAAAGCCGCCGAGACGACCUGGAGAGCCUGGGCUACGUGCUCAUGUACUUCAACCUGGGCUCCCUGCCCUGGCAGGGCCUCAAAGCGGCCACCAAGCGCCAGAAGUACGAGCGCAUCAGUGAGAAGAAGAUGUCGACACCCAUCGAGGUCCUCUGCAAAGGCUACCCCUCCGAGUUCUCCACAUACCUCAACUUCUGCCGCUCCCUGCGGUUCGAUGACAAGCCUGACUACUCGUACCUGCGUCAGCUCUUCCGUAACCUCUUCCACCGGCAGGGCUUCUCCUACGACUACGUCUUCGACUGGAACAUGCUCAAAUUCGUGAGUCACCUGGAGGCCAAGGCGGGCUUGGGGGACUGGACGGGGAAGGCCCCGACUCUUAAGGCCAAAGUGACCCUGUGGCGGGCGGGGCUCCCGAAAAGUGGAGGCUAUGAGCUGGACAGUGCCAGCGACCUCGCUGGGCUCCCGGAGUCCCCGCGGCCCCCCCACUCCAGCCUCAUCUGUGCUGACCGCGCGUGCCGCUCUGGGCAGUGGGGCAGGGGGGCACCACCUCCCGCCAGGCCCAAGAGGACCUGGCCGGGCCUUGAGUCCCUCCUAGGUGCCCUCGGUGGCGCGUGGAUGGCGCUGGCGGGCCCCCCGGCCGUCCUGAUCGUCGCCUACACCACCCUGCUCUUGUUGUUCUGCACGUCCCAGGCGGCUGCCUUCACCGUGGCCCCUCUGGCCAGCCUGGAUCCAUUCAUAGUGGUUUCUUUCUUCCUGGUCAUGGGACCCUGGGUCUUGCUAGGCGGUUGCUCUGUCUCCCUCUUUUAAGGGUCUUGGGGGGGUGGGGUGGGGAGAAGCGUUCGUCAGCGGUGCCCGGAGCUCCGGAAUCUGUGAAAUCGUGUGUCUUGUUUCACGUCUCUUCUGGAAAAGGGGGCUUCCUCGAGCCAGGCUCAGCCCCGUGACAACGAAGCUAUCACGCUGCCCUGCCCCCGCCCCUGUCCCUGUGCCGGGCCCACGUACUCACCCUCAUACUGGUAAGGACCCUCCGAGGCCCGGCCUUUCCAAGAUUUACCACUUGGCUGGGCGAGCACAAGAGGCUGAGCCUCUGCUGUGCUCUCUGUCCCUUCCAGGUGCCCGGCGCCCCUGGGCACCCAGGGCCCUCCAGAUAGGCCCCUGGAGGAGGUGGAGGAGCUGCCCCCCCAAAACUACUGGCCUGUGGUCUGGACUCCGGGGCCCCAGUUCUGACGUCACCAGGUGUGUCUGAGCCCAUCGGGGCCAGGCCUGAGGAGGUGUCCCUUGGCCUGGUGGGGUGCAGUGGAGAGGGAGUAGUGAAGGCCCUGCCAUGAGAUUCUUGGGGAUGAAUCAGCUGCCUGAUGAACCGAGCCUGAAGGAGGGACGAUGUUCACUGCCCUGGAGGGCCUGGUGGGAACGGGCACCGGGAGCGGCUUCAGCAAGACCCCGACGGUGGCCUCUGUAUUGAACUUGAACUCAUUAAACGCCCCUCACCUGUACCGCGCUUCAUGCUGGUGUGCCUCUCCUUUCGUGGCGGACGUCAGAUGCUCAGGACCCGAGGGCUUAUUCUCCUGGACGUGGGGGUCAGCGCUGGGUACCGUUCCCUAAGGAGUUCGACAGAGGUCGGGCGGAGAGCCGCGGUCCCAUGGGCCAGGGGACUCGGGUGGGGGUGGGUGAUGGGCAGUGGGGCACCUUGCACCCCAGACCUUCCAGGUGGGAGUGUGGCCGAGGGCCAAGGGCCAGAUCUUCUCGCCAAAGGGCAUUCAUUGCUCAGGGCAUCUGGACACCGGGCACUCACUCAUCCGUGUAGAAAGUCAUCCCUGGGUCGGCUUCAGGGAUGGGCUUGGCCCUUCCGCUCAGUGUAGCUCCAAGAAUGGGUUUUAUGUUGUCAAGGCUUGCACCAUGCAAUAUGGUAGCCACUGUCUACGUGUGGCUAAUUUUUAAUUAAUUAAAAUUAAUCAAAGCUGAAAAUGUAGCUCCUCAGUCACAUUUGCUACGUUUCAAGUUGUCAGGAGCCACAUGUGGCUGGUCAGUGGCUUUCCUAUCCAACGAGGCAGACGUGAACAUUUCCAUCAUCACAGAAAGUUCUGUGGGACAGUGCUCCUCUAGAUGGCUCCUUAUAGAACCUCUCGUGGAACCAUCCAGCUGACAAGAUCUCAUCUCAAGCCAGGCCACGAGCACCCUCCCUGCCCAUUGCUGGCACCCUGACCCCUUCCUGGGGUCCCCUUUGAGGCAGGCUCUAGAGUCAGAAGCUGAGCAGAGGUACCCACAGCCUUAUUCUGCACCGAUCUCUGACCUGAGGGCCUGGACUGGAUCACUGGGCGCCUUUGACCCCAUCACCACCAUGGUGAACUCCACCGUCUCCACCUGCCUGUUGGCGGAAGCAUCUGCAGACAUGCAAUGGGGACCUUCCGUGUCUUCACCCCAAGGCCAGGCCUCUGGUGCCAUUACCAGCACUUAACCUAUGGACUGGACACCAUGCUGGGCACCAAGGGCUACGGACUCCUGUGGGAAGGAUCCCACCCCUGACUGAGAGCGUCUGUCCUUGAAGUGGCCACCCCGUGUAGCAUCAGGGCCCCAGAAUCCCUGGAUCCCCGGAGCCUGGGACGUUGCCGUCAGCACACGGAGCCACUGUGUUCCGCGGUCCAACCAGCAGGCCAGGAGGAGACUCGGUAUAACCAAGGACAAGGGUCCGCACAACAGGGCUGGUUGCUUGUGUGACUUUAAUGUUGACCUUUUGUGUUUUCUGUGGGCAAAUAAAAGCCAAGAAACCUCCCUGGUGUGCAAUUCUUGAGGCGUCACUGGUUGGAUGGAAACGUGGAGAGUAGCUCCUCCUGCUCUGGGGUUGGCCUUGACCCGAGCCUGCUGGGGUCACCAGGGGCAGGGGCUCCAGCCCUCUGCGCACUCGCUCAGCCCAGAGCUGUACUCCUCUGAGCAGACCCCUUGGCUUCACCAGCCUCAGUUGGCCCAGGCCGGGGAUGAGC